AGUCGUUCUGUCAUUGGCCUUCCUGUAAAUGUUCAAAUUGAUUUAAUACACGAGUUUCAGUGAAAUAGGUAACUUGGAAGGCGGAUAAGUACAUUGAUGCUGUCCAAAAGCGUCGUGUUUUGAACAGCGUCGCUCUUUUCCGAUUGUACUUGAGGGUAGCACAAGGCAACGAACUGUCCUCUUUCAAUUCACCUCUCUCCCGGACACUCCCUUGCCUAGCGGAAUGGACGAAUCUUUCGGUGUCCACACAGUAGUGAUUUGCACCUCGCAUGCGCCUUUGGAGAAACCAGGGCUGACAUGACAGUCCUGGAAAGAGAGAGAAACCGCCCCCGGCAUCCACCGAAUACCGUCCGGCAACCGACGGCGUGGACCGCGAGUCGCUACGCGGCUUUGGUGGCGCUGUGUGUCUCGUGUUACAGCAACUGUAUCCACGGGGAGUUGGUGCACGACGAUGUUUGGGCUAUUAUCAACAACCCAGACGUCCGACCGAGCUCCGGUCUACUAAACGUCUUCACAAACGAUUUUUGGGGCAAGAGGAUGUCGGACAAUUCCAGCCACAAAUCCUACAGACCGUUUUGCAUUCUCACAUUUAAGUUGAAUAUCCUUCUGGGUGGCAUGACGCCUCUGUACUUCCACAUCGUCAAUGUGUGUCUGCACUGUGCUGUAACCUGCACGCUGAUGCACACGUGUGAGCGGUGUGUGUUUGAAGACUCGCGCCUGGCCUUCGUCACAUCCGUCCUGUUCGCAGUGCACCCUGUGCACACCGAGGCUGUGUCUGGUAUAGUGGGUAGGGCUGACCUAUUGGCUUGCCUGCUGUUCUUGCUAGCAUUCCUUUCGUAUAUAAGGAGUGUGGAUGUAACCACAGCCGUGGACUCAACACCUUCAACAGUGUCGGCAGGGUCUCUGGUCAUUUCUUUGCUGCUGGGCACUUGCGCCAUGUUGGUGAAGGAGACAGGCAUCACUGUGUUCGGGGUGUGCGUGGUUUACGAUGCCCUCGUGCUCUGCGGCAACCCCCUCUUCAGUCACCUGUCUGGAUCUAGCUUUAGACAACUUGUCCAGAUCUGGAAACCCUUCAUCAAACGAGCCUGUGUGGUCUCAAGCUACGUAUUGGCCAUUAUAUCAAUCAGACUGUGGUUAAUGGGAGGUACUAUGCCUCUUUUCUCUGAACAAGACAAUCCCGCUUCCUUUGCACCUUACUUGCUAACCAGAAUUUUGACAUACUCUUACUUGCUGUACUUCAACACCUGGCUGCUGCUGGCCCCCAUUGUGCUGUGCUACGACUGGCAAGUGGGUAGCAUCCCUCUUGUUGAGUCACUGAGUGACAUCCGCAAUAUGGCCACCGUGCUACUAGCUGUGGUGAUGUUUGCCCUCUGCCUGCAUUGUAUCCGUUCACUGCAGCGACAAAAGAGUAAGGAGGUGUUGAUGGGAAUAUUGUUUCUGGUGUUUCCUUUCAUUCCUGCGAGUAACCUUUUCUUCAGGGUGGGAUUUGUUGUGGCCGAAAGGGUUCUUUACAUGCCGAGUAUGGGUUACUGUAUCCUGGUGGUUCAUGGCCUCAGUCGUCUCUUUUCAUUGGUGGGCCGUUGGGGCACCACAAUCCUUAGUGCCUCGAUGCUAUUGCUGCUACUGCUUUUCUCCUGGAAGACUGUUCAGCAGAACCAAGUCUGGCUUUCCAGGGAAGCUCUCUUCAGUUCUGGCAUCUGGACUCUGCCUCACAAUGCCAAAGUCCACUACAAUUACGCCAACUUCCUGAAGGACAGCACUCGGCACCAAGAAGCCAUUUACCACUAUUCCAUUGCCCUCAGGUUGUACCCUCGCCAUGCCAGUGCUCUGAACAAUCUUGGCACUCUGACACACGAUCCGGAGGAGGCUGAGCGCUACUACAGGAGAGCACUGGACAUCAAUCCUCAGCAUAAUCGAGCACUCUUCAACCUGGGAAACCUCCUCAAGUCGCAGGGGAAGGAGAAAGAGGCAGAAAUACUGCUCCAUGACUCCAUUAACUACGGUCCACAUUUUGCCGAUGCUUAUUCCAGUCUAGCGUCACUCUGUGCUGACCAGAAACGCUUUACUGAAGCCCAUGAAAUGUAUUUAAAAGGCAUAGAGAACUGUCCUGACAGCUCAGACCUGCAUAACAAUUUUGGAGUGUUUCUAGUUGAUACUGGAAAGGAGGAGCUGGCAGCUGCUCACUAUCAGCAAGCAAUUCAACUCAAACCAGCUCACUAUGUCGCCAUGGUGAACCUGGGCCGCCUCCUCCGCUCCUCCAAUUUGAACAAAGAGGCUGAGUCCUGGUAUAAGAGAGCACUUCAAGUGACAAGGAAGGUGGAGAUCCUUGCACCACUUGGGGCACUGUACUACAACACUGGCCGCUACGAUGAAGCCCUGCUUGUUUACAGAGAGGCUGUUAGCUUACAGCCAGAGAACACUGACAUUUGGCUGGCACUGGCUCAAGUGUUAGCCAUGGCUGGUGAUACAAAAGAGGCAGAGAAAAUAACCCGGGACAUAAUUUCCAGAGGGAACCGAUGCAUUGAAUGUUACCGCCUCCUGUCUUCAAUCUACAGCAAGCAUGGCAACCAUCCAGAGGCUCUGGAAUCUCUGAACAUGGCUCUCCAGCAGAAUCCCAAUGAUCUCGGAGUGAGAGCAGAGUUGUAUUUCUCUAAAGGAAACCAGCUACGAGAGAUGAACCAAUUGGACCUAGCUUUUGAGAGCUACAAAUUGGCUGUGGAGCUCAAACCCGAUCAGUCACAAGCCUGGAUGAACAUGGGAGGGAUUCAACAUAUUAAGGGAGACUAUGCAGCAGCCCGGAUGUACUACCAGAGAGCCUUGAGUCUCAAUCCUGGUUCCAAACUUCUGAAAGAAAAUCUGGAGAAGCUCGAUCGGCUCGAGAGGAGGAUGACGGGGGUGCCGUAGUCAGCCUGCUGGAUGUUGCUUUGUCAUGGCAACUUGACAGGAUUUUCCUCUGAAUUGACCUUUUCUAGGCUUGAUAGCAGUUGGGAUCCCCGAUAAGGCUGACGCUGUUAGUUGUACACAGGUUUGGUGAUGUGUGCCACAGGAGUAUUUAUUGGACUCGCUGAGCCAUAACCUGGAAGCAUAUUAAGUGGGGAAUUGCUUGGAAACAACAGGGCACAUAACCACUGUCCAUUUAUAUAGCACCUAUACCAAAACAUGUUCACGCGUGGACAAAAUUGUUGGUACUCUUCCAUUAAAGAGAGAAAAUCACAAAGUACACAGAAAUACA